CAAAAAACAGGACACUAGUGGCCGUCAGAUGAAUGUUUACCCAGCGAGCAUAGAGUAGUGGUGAGGAAAGUGACAGCCACACUGGAGGCUCGGUGUAUGGUGAAACACAGGUGAUUUCGGCUUCCACGGUUGCAAUUCACAGCGGAAUGUUCACUCGAAGGGGGCAUGGAGACGUCAAGAAAUCUACACAGAAAGUUCUGGACCCAAAGAAGGAUGUGCUCACCCGGCUCAAACACCUCCGCUCACUGUUAGAUAUCUUUGAAAAGAGUGAACUGAAGGUAUUCUUUGAAAACAACUGUUCUCAGAUUUAUUUUAUCUUCUAUGAAAAUUUCAUUACACUGGAAAGCAACUUAAAGCAAAAAGGGAACAAAUCUCAAAGGGAGGAGCUGGACUCUAUCCUCUUUAUUUUUGAAAAAAUUCUACAGCUUCUGCCUGAGAAAAUCUACAGCCGAUGGCAGUUUCACAGUAUAGGUUCUAUUCUAAAAAAGCUUCUACACACUGGAAAUUCAUUCAAGAUUCGCUGUGAGGGGAUCCGGCUCUUCCUUCUGUGGCUGCAGGCCCUGAGGGACAACUGUGCUGAGGAGCAGUUCCUUAUCUUUGCCUGUCUGGUGCCAGGAUUCCCUGCUGUGCCGUCCACCAGAGGGCCCUGCACACUGGACACCAUCAUUUACAACCCCUUCUCCAGUCCCCCUGAUGCAAAAGUGGUGCCUGAGGAGAUUACCCCGCUUGUUCCGGCUGUGGCGGGAGAAAAAGUAGCAGAUGAUCAGACCUGUUACAUCCUCGAGACCCUGCUCAAGUACAUGGUCAUUCAGGCAUCCAGCUUAGAAUGGAAGAACAGAGAAAACCAGAACACGGGCUUCAGGUUUCUCUUCAGCCUGUUCAAAAAGUACUACCUUCCACACUUAUUCCCCUCCUUCACCAAGCUCACAAACCUCUACAAGCCUUUAUUAGACCUCCCACACCACAGGCCGAAACCUUUGUAUGUGCCAGUGACGCGGAACAAUGAGAGCACCUUCUGCACCAGGGACCAGUACCUGGCACCCCGUGUGGCCUUCAUCACCUGGCUGGUCACCUUCUUCCUGGAGAAGAAGUAUGUCAGCAGUGCUGCCGCAGCACAGAGCACUAAAAACGGCACAGAGGUCAUUCCCAAACUCAUCCAGACUGUCACUGCGGGCAGUAGCAGCCAGGAGAAGGAGAAGGCGUCGGAUGGUGAUCUAAAUGGUCCAGCAGGGGAGCCUGAGAAGAGCCACUCCAACAGCAGCACGCUUUCAGGGCGACGGCCCAGCGAUUCCAGUCUGUGUAGCAUUGAGGAGGAGCACCGCCAUGUCUACGACAUGGUGCAUGCCAUCCUUCUGUCCACCAGGGACAAUGUGAAUUUUGUCAACGAGGUCUUCCAUCAGGCUUUCCUGCUGCCGUCCUGCGAGGCGUCAGCGACAAGGAAGGUCAUCAAAGUGUACAGGAAGUGGCUCCUGCAGGAGAGGCCCGGAUUUAUGACGGAGCCUGAGAAAAGUUCCCAGGCAGAUGAAGUGGAUGUCGGCUCCCAACAGAUACUCAGCAAGGAGACAAACAGCAUCCAUGCACAGAUGGAGAGUCACGGGCAUAAACGGACUUCUAGCUGGGGGAGAACCUACUCCUUCAGCAGCGCCAUCAGUCGGGGUUUUCUCACUGAGGAGGCGAAUAAGGACGUUAAGGCUGGCAUCCAGCCCACACUACAGGUGUUUCUGACCAACUCCUCUAAUGUGUUCCUGUUGGAGCCCUGUCAGGAUGUACCUAAACUCCUGGAAAACCAGGUUGAGGUGUGCAAGGGUGUUCUCAGCAUCUACCGUCAUAUGAUCAUGGAGCACACGAUGAACACACAGACAUGGGAGCAGAUGCUGCAGGUGUUGCUGAGGAUCACAGAGGCGGUGAUGAAGAGGCCGCGGGAAAACCAAAGAAAAGACAGCUUUGCUGAAAGUUUAGCAUCAAUCCUCUUCAGGACCAUCAUCGUUGCAUGGGUGCGAGCCAACCUGUGCGUGUUUAUAUCCCGGGAGCUAUGGGACGAGCUGCUGGCAGUGCUGUCCUCUCUUACCUGCUGGGAGGAGCUGGUGACGGAGUGGGCCAGCAUCAUGGACUCGCUGACGGCUGUGCUGGCACGCUGCGUUUAUGGCCUGGACAUGGGCAACCUGCCUCUGGACAAACUCAGCGAACAGAAGGAGAAGAGGCAGAGAGGACGUGGAGUGAUCCAGGACUCCCAGAAGGCAGCAGCUGUGGCUCGCUCCUUCUCUCUGAGCUGGAGGAACCAGGGUGAGCAGGGCGGCUCUGGAGUCCAAGAGCCCAUGAGGAUUCGCUCGGCCACCACGUCAGGAGCUCCUGGUGUGGAGAAGGCCCGAAACAAUGUGCGACAGAAAGCCUCUGCUAAGCGAAGCCAGUCCAUCAGCAACUGCGUUCAUCUGUACGAGGCUUUGCCCGCUACUAAAAGUGUUCCUAUGCUGCUCCACACUGUGAGCUCUUUCUUGCCUGGUAUCUCUUCUGGUAACUCUGCUUGCUCUCAGAGACUCUCAGAUGUGGAGGAAUGUCAGCUGUCAGAAUGUGGGGGAGAGGAGGAGCUUGGAGCUGGGGACAGCCCCCUGCCACGUAGCAGCAGUACCUCUGACAUCACCCAGCAACUGUCUGAAACUUUACCAGCCCAGAAGAGGGACUACUCCCCAACAUCCUGUGGCUCAGAUAGCAGGACGUCUGAGGGCAGGAGAGAAAGCACCGAGCCACCAGUGAUCCUCAUCCGGCGGAGCAGCAGUGCUGCUGAGACAGAGUGUAAUGCUGAGGGACACACAAACUACACAAGGCCCAAGCUCAGAGAGAAAAGUGAGAGUAUAAGCAGUGAAACAUCCAAUGGCUACCUUAACGAAGCUGAGGUUACCUGGCAUGCCUUCGACGAGGAGGCUGACACUCAGUCCACGCAGUCGGCCCACAUGGAUGUGACGGCUGACCCCCAGAGUCAGGGGAGUCUGCUGCUCAGUCACAAUGAGGCUCUAGCAGGUCCUGACUGUGCCCUCCCUUCCCCUUCUGCCCCCCCGACCUAUCACCACCACCACAACCACUACCCCCAGAACCCCCCAGCGUCACCAGCCCUGCUGGUGCACACAGAGUGCCCGCGGGACUGCCCCCUGGACGACACCAUGCAUCAGUCUGUCUUGCACAUGCCUCACCACUUGGACAGUAGUGAGUGCCUGGCUGAUGAUGUCAGCAUCAUUGCUGGUGGUACCCUGACUGGUUGGCAUGCUGAUUCAGCCUUUGUCCUUUGGAGAAGGAUAUUGGGUAUCCUGGGAGAUGUCAACAACAUCCGCUGCCCAAAGAUCCAUGCCAAGGUCUUCUCCUACCUCUACGAUCUUUGGCACAAGCUGGCCAAGAUCCGGGACAACCUUGGGAUCAGUGUGGACAACCAGUCUUCUCCACCCCAGCCUGCGUUCAUCCCUCCACUCCGAAUGCUGGCCUCCUGGCUCUUCAGGGCCACCAUGCUGCCAGCAGAAUACAAGGCUGGCAAGCUGCAGGCCUACAAGCUGAUCUGUGAGAUGAUGACCAGGCACCAGGAUGUGCUCCCCAACAGUGAUUUCCUGGUGCACCUCUUCUACAUCCUGCAUAAAGGCUUCUCCAAUGAUGACCAGGAUGUUUUGAACACUAUCAUCCGCUCCUGCUCCCCACGAUUCUUCUUUCUCGGCCUGCCUGGCUUCACCAUGCUAGUCGGAGAUUACAUCACUGCGGCUGCCUGCGUUCUCAGCUCAGUUUCCCCAGAGGUUCCGAGAAUGGAGGCUCAAGCUGCUCUGGGCUCUCUGGUGUGUUUCCCCAACCUUUACCUCCAGAUUCCUGUACUUCAACAUGUGUCUGGCUCUGAGGAGAUUAUUGUUGGCAAGGAGGAUAUUAAGGAUUAUCUGAUCAACAUCCUGCUUGAAAUGGCAACAAAGGAACACAUGGAAGGAGCCAGGUGCAUCGCAGUGUGCAGUUUGGGCCUGUGGGUGUGUGAAGAGCUAAUGCAAAACAACAUACACCACCAGGUUAAAGAUGCCAUCAAUGUCUUGGGAGUAACACUAAAGUUCGGAAACAAAGCAGUAGCUCAGGUAGCCUGUGACGUGUUUCAGCUGCUUAUUUCUCACUGGGAACAUCUCAAGAGGUUGGAGUCCACUCUGCCGAAAAAAAUAAUCGAGAUCUUUGUGGCCACAAUAGCCUUUUUGUUGCCGAGUGCAGAGCACUCAACAGUGGAAGCAGACAAAAAGUUGAUGGUUUCACUGCUGCUUUGCCUGUUGGAUUGGUGCAUGGCCGUGCCCCUGAGUCUCUUGCUGGAACCCGUCACCAUGCCUUCAGUGGAGGACAACACAUCCCUCAAGGCCCCACUGCUGGACUACAUCUACAGGGUGCUGCACUGCUGUGUAUCUGGGUCCAACCUGCACACCCAACAGAGCCACUACCUCCUCAGUCUGUCAGACUUGUCCAGUGACUAUGACCUCAUGUUGGGUCAGGUGAAGAGCUGUGAGCCACCGCCCACACAGCCGACCACUACUGACUUUGGCAACUUGCUCACUGUUGCUGAAGAAAAGCGACGGCGGAACAUGGAACUGAUACCUCUCACAGCACGCAUGGUAAUGACACACCUGGUGAACCAUCUGGGCCAUCAUCCGCUGAGCGGUGGCCCGGCCCUUCUCCACAGCCUAGUGAGCGAAAACCACGACAACCCUUACGUGGAGUCGUCCGAGUUGUCCUCUGAGGUAUUCAAAAGCCCCAACCUGCAGCUCUUUGUUUUCAAUGAUAGCACACUGGUGUCCUACCUGCAGAUCCCUGCUGAAACACCCACCGUCGGCCAGCCCCCCCACACUUCUUCCCAAGUGCGAGUUAUCGUCCGGGACAUUUCUGGCAAAUACUCGUGGGAUGGUUCAAUCCUCUACUGCACGACCCAAGAAGAUUCUGUUGACGUGGGAGUUUUUAGUGCAGUUGACCGCCCUCUUUUUACCACCACCGUCACUCACAGCAGAAACCAGACCUGCUCUCCCUCUAAGGCACUGCAUCGAAGCAAACACGGUUCAUUCUCGGACACGGUCUCCGAUUGUGAGGUGGAAGAAGUCGAUGUUCUCGACAAACUGCUGGAGAACCUGGGCCUCAGCAGUCCAGAAUGUCUGCCCCAACCACAACUUAAACUCAACCAGCCAGCGCUCUCGCCACAUGGCAUGAACAUGGAGCAGGAGAGCGCGAUUGUGGAGGCCAUUCUCCGUCAGACUCAGCAGGAGGAGGAGCAGGUGAGGCACUGGGAUGCUGAUGUUAGCUUUCGAGCUGCCUGCCAGAGAGAACCCUCCCAUCAGGAACCAAAAGCUCCUUUCUACUUCUGCCGGCUGCUACUUAAUGACCUCGGCAUGAACUCUUGGGACCGCAGGAAAAGUUUCCACCUGCUUAAGAAAAAUUCAAAGCUCUUAAGAGAACUGAAGAACUUGGAUUCAAGGCAGUGUCGCGAGACGCACAAGAUUGCUGUAUUCUACAUUGGAGAGGGACAAGAGGACAAGUGCUCCAUCUUGUCAAACAGCGCAGGCAGCCAGGCCUAUGAAGACUUUGUAUCUGGACUGGGAUGGGAGGUGGACCUGGCUACACACUGUGGUUUUAUGGGAGGCCUUCAGAGAAAUGGCAGCACAGGUGUAACGGCUCCUUAUUACGCUACCUCCACGGUGGAAGCCAUCUUCCAUGUCUCCACACGUAUGCCAUCUGAUUCUGAUGAUUGCCAUACAAAAAAGCUGCGUCACCUGGGAAAUGAUGAGGUACAUAUAGUGUGGUCGGAGCACACCAGAGACUAUCGACGUGGCAUCGUCCCAACUGACUUUGGAGAUGUCCUGAUUAUUAUCUACCCGAUGAAAAACCACAUGUAUUUCAUCCAGAUCAUGAAGAAACCACAGGUUCCUUUCUUUGGUCCUCUGUUCAAUGGCGCCAUCAUCACUGGGACUUUGCUGCCAAGCCUGGUGCGGGCCACCUGUAUCAAUGCCAGCAGAGCUGUCAAAUCCCGUCUGACUCUCUACCAGAGCUUCUAUGAGGAGCGGGCACUCUACUUGGAGGCCAUUGUUCAGAACCACCGGGAAGUCAUGACGUUUGAAGACUUUGCGUCGCAGGUGUUCUCCCCCUCUCCUGGCUACCCAAUGAGUGGGACAGAUUAAAAAUAUCUUAAAGGUCCAAAUACAGUUUAUGGCGAAGGCUCCUUCACCGGCAGCACGAGCACCGAAUCCAGCGCUCAGACGGGCGCCGCGGACUCCGCCGUCGCGGACCAGGUCUCUCCCACGAUGCCCCGCGCCACAAAGAACCGAGUGUCCGGGAAACUGCGCCGAUCGGCGAGCGCUAUAAGCAAAUCUUCCAACUGAGCUCUUUCAGCACCUGCAAGUCCUCAAGUGCAGCCUUUAAUGUAAUGUUUCUCAACCUCACACACUCAGCCACGACUGCAAGAGGUGUUUUUUUUCCUUUGUUUUAUUUUGUGUCAUAUAAACCUACAACUGGAGCAUAUUGCAAUUUUUUUUUUUAUUUGAUAGAUUUCAUUGAUACAUUUCCAUUUGUUGUAACUGUUUAACAUGGAUGCACACGAGACUAAGCUAUUUGUGUUCAUCCUGGUGGUUUUCAGUGCGAGGAUUGGCAACAUAGGAAGACUUGACUUCACUGAGGACACUUAAUGCAACAUGUGGCAAAAACAAAUGUCCCUUUUUUUAUUUUCUCAUUUUCUAGCGCAGCCUUGUAAGGGAAUGGCAGAAGUGCGUAACCUUGGCUCCGUAUCUCGUCGAUCUCGACACUUAAAGCACUGAAAGACACUGUUGUAAGCGACACCGUGCUAAACCUGCACAAGACAUUGUUAUCCUUUUCUAAACGUGUCGGCCUUUUGACCCGUUUGUGCACCUGCCACAACCUUUUCCGUGUCUAAGAUUCCUCUUCACUCGGUGAAUGGGGUUAUUUUUGGAUGUUUUUUUCCCUGCCCUGGUUGCACCGGUCUGUGGAGCAGGAGGAAGAACUGCUGCACAUGUUUCAUGGACAUUGUUUUGAACUCUCUGUGGACAUUUGGUGAUGUCUUUCUAUCUUAAGCUGGAUUUCAAUUUGUUUUGGGUUUUUUCUUUUUUUUUUAUCGCUCUUAUUUUCCUUUUUAAAUGAAUUCCGAUGGAUUGCGUCAUGAUUUGAUUUAUGCAGCUCCAGUGGAAUGAGAAAAGACUGCGUUUGUAAUUGUUUUCUGAUGUUGUUAACAUAGGCCCAUGUCCGGUAAUUGAAUAAGUUCCUCCUGUCUCUUUCCUCUGCGAUUAGUCUCUCUGUGUCCUACGAGGCCGAGACGUUGACAUUCCAAUGUUCCCAAACAACAUUUUUUGCACUCACAGUCAUUGAUUAAGUGGAAUGUUCUUUGCGUUGCUUUAAAUCUUAUUUGCCGAUGUAUCUUUCUUCGAUGUAUAUAGUGAGGACUACUUAUUUUGUGUGGUUUUAAUGUAGUCAUGUGCUGUUUCAGAGGGAAAAAUACCACCAGAGCCUCAGGUGAAUCUUAACUCCAUGCACUGUGUGCGUGUCUUUUUUCUUUCUGAGGGAGCUUCUCUUCUCGCAGUGCCUGUGUAUUCUCCAGUCCUGUCCUGUCCUGUCCUGUCCUACACCUCCUCAUACUCCCAAUAAUCACAUUUUGCCGUCUCCUCUUCGUCAUGCGAGACAAAACCAUGGCCGCCCGGCAUCACAUCUCCUCAUUAACCGUCUAAAACAAACCGUUUCCCUCCCCUGUGGCUCUAACGGUCAAUUCCUUGUGCUUCCCACAACAACAACAUAUACAACAGAUGGACGUGGAGUCGUGGGCUUCCCUUUUUUUUUUUAGUCUAUGCGAUCCUCUGUCUUCAUCCAUGAAUGGAAUCGAGUGGCACCAACCCCUCCCUUUUCCCAUGAUCCUCUCCCUACGACUUGGUCCACAGGGGAGGGGGUGGCUGGGUUUAGGUGGCAUGCCAGAGCUGAACUAUAACAGCACUCCUAGCAACCACCAGGCAAAGCUCUCUCACUCCUCCAACCAGCCCUGCUUGUGUUGUCAUAGCAGCCAGGUGUUCCACACACACACACACACACUCACGCCCUCUGAGGGCUCCACCCAAGCUGCAACACUAUCCCCAUCUGUUGCACGACUAUGCCUUACUUUCCCCUUGCUCACCUGUCCUCCUCCUCCUCCUCCGCCGCCCCCUCCCCCCCUCACAUCAUGCCUCCCUUUGUUUGUUUAAUUCCCUGAGCAGAAAACAGGGAAUUCAAACAGCAGGAGUGUGGACGUGGUGAGAGAGUUCCUCGAUGUCCUUUUGUUCUUUUCUCUCUUUUUUUGUCCCCCGGUGAAGAAUGUAUAGAUGUAUAAGCCUGGGGGGUCUCGUCAUUGCCACUUGAAGGAACCAUCCAGGAUGCUGAUUUAAAGAUUUGUAGAUUAUAGAUUAUAGAUUAUGUCUAUGUGUGGCAGAGAGGGUCUGUGUCCCUCUCUUGGUGCCGUAGUCACUGGAAAUGUUAGUGUGGACCAAGAUUAAGGAUCGUGUGUCUCAUAUAAUACAUGAAGAAGAUGAGCUAGUGUUAGUCCUAGUAUGUCGUCUGUCCCUCUCGCUCUCUCUAUUCCUGUUUUUAGAAAUCCUUGUACAGUGUGUCAAAUUUGAGGACUCCGUUGUGUGUCCUCCCGGGUUUAAAGAUGAUAAUAAUAAUAAUGCUUGUAAUAUAAUCUUUGUAUAAGAGAAAGAGAGGGGAGGGGGAAAAAAAUCUUGAAGAUUUCAUCAUCACUUGUCAACAUAUCAAACUGUUUUUAACGACCGAACUCCUGCUAUCUUUAUUAGAAAUGUGAAAAUUGAAACAUUUCAUUAAAUCAAAUUUGAUCUGA